UAGCACAUUAAGUAAAAAAAAAAUACUAAAAUAAUCUAAAAACUUCAAUAUGGUUUAUAAUUAAGUUUAUUAAUAUUUUUUUGUCAUAUAGUAAAAUUAUGUUCUAAUGAAACUGAAGAGUCUAUUGACUUGUUAGGCAUUGCGCUUGUCAUUGUCAAGGAAAUCUUCCGUUUGGUGAAGUGACGCCAUUGUGAGCCGUAACGACUUGUGCUCACGACGAGUUUAAUCUCAGUUUUCUUAUACAAUCCCGAUUUAAAUCAUAUAAUCCGCAAUCAUGGCAGAUGAUAUGCCUACAUUCAAAUGCGUGCUCGUCGGCGAUGGUGGUACUGGCAAAACUACGUUCGUAAAACGACAUUUGACUGGAGAGUUCGAGAAAAAAUACGUUGCCACUCUGGGUGUCGAAGUGCAUCCGUUGGUAUUCCACACAAACCGUGGGCCUAUUCGGUUUAACGUUUGGGACACUGCUGGUCAGGAAAAAUUUGGUGGUUUGAGAGACGGUUACUAUAUUCAAGGACAAUGCGCUAUUAUAAUGUUCGAUGUAACCUCACGAGUCACCUACAAAAAUGUACCGAAUUGGCAUAGAGAUUUAGUCCGAGUUUGUGAAGGCAUUCCAAUCGUCCUGUGUGGAAACAAAGUAGACAUUAAAGAUAGAAAAGUAAAGGCCAAAACUAUUGUAUUCCACAGGAAAAAGAACUUGCAGUAUUACGAUAUCUCUGCCAAGUCAAACUACAACUUCGAAAAACCAUUCCUGUGGUUAGCUAGGAAAUUAAUUGGUGAUGGCAACCUUGAGUUUGUUGCCAUGCCUGCCCUCCUGCCUCCAGAGGUCACUAUGGAUCCCACAUGGCAAAACCAAAUCGAGAAGGAUCUCCAGGAUGCUCAGAAUACUGCUCUGCCAGAGGAAGACGAAGACUUGUAAAUAUAGGUGUUUAAAUUCUCAGUGCCCUUGUGAUUGGAGGAUCAUGCAAAUGUGUGUUCAAGUACAUUGAACAUAACUCAUUGAAUUAAUUGUUUCAUUCCAUUAGGUAUCAGGUUAACAAAAACCAGAUUUAUGUGAAAUUAAAUUAUUAACCUUACAACCUUCAUUCACUCAAUUUAUUUAUAUGUAUAAGCAUUUUAGAUGUAUUUAUGGUUUUAAUUCAGCCUAUCUCGCUAAGUAGUAUAAUAAUCUAAAAUUGCCUUAUAGUUUAAUCUUAAUGCAUUUUUGUAGAGGAAUAUGCAAAUGGCAGUGUAAAAACCAAAAUUGAUUGUAGAAUUAUUUUAAGAUUGCAAACAUGAUACUUUUUGAUGACAAUGUUAGCUUGUAACAAAUUAUUAUGUAUUUGUAAGAACUUGCAAUGAUCGCCCAACACAUGUUAUGCUACAUGCUGUCCUUGCAAUGUUUUCUUUUGUUAUACCAGUGUAUACUCUGUAAAAAUAGAUACUUCAUUUGUAUUUACUGUGUGAUGUAAUCUGUAGCAUGUACACAAGUAUUUUGUUCAGUUCAGUAACUAGUUAUUGUAAUUUGUCAUAUUGGUCUUUUUUGUUACAUGCGAUGACUGACAAUAUUUCACUAAAAAAUUGUGGUGAUACUUUUUAAUAAAGAUGUGAAAACAUGA